ACGAACAAAACGUCAAUUGCUUCAGGGUCAUGACAUGUUCGAUCGUAUAGUUCAAGAAUUGCGUGCCGCCGCCACAAAUCAACCCAAUCAACCAUACUGUUUUUACAGGCAUAUGAGACCGUACAACAACGUUAAUUUUCCUUUCGAAGAAAUAAUUGAGAGAAAAGACACCACCAAUAGACACGGAGGAGAACUUUACGUUACCAAGUAUAUGAAAGCAACUAUAAGAAGCUCUCAUACUGGUCGUCCUCGUCCUUCUAUUCCAGCAGACAUACAACAUUAUUUGGAUCUUGUUGGUUUCAAACAUGGUCGAGGAGAUCGCGACCCUAACGCCGACCAAGCUGGUCAUUUGUUGGCUUAUUCCUUGGGCGGAACUAAUGAUGAUACAUUCAAUUUUGCUCCACAGACCGCACGACUCAACACUCAGACCCCAGCCUCUUAUUCCAUUUGGUGGGGCGAAGAGAAGGCAAUGAGUGACUUUUUGAAGGCAAAACCCAAUCGUCGUAUAGAUUGGGAAUUACUUAUUUUACAUCCACCAUUAACGGCAACCGAAGAGUGGCGUUUGCGACCAAUCGGUUUCUGUAUGAGACAUAUAAAUUACAAUGAACAUGGUGUCAUGGUUAAUAAUAAAAAUCAGGCAAUCAGUCAACGUGAUUCUGUCAUGUGCUUUGGCAAUGAUCCUCAAGACGAGUGUCGAUAUGAUGAAUUGUGAACAUAAUUUUUUUAAUUGCAUGUGAAAGGAUUCAAUUUUUAACUGCACAAAACGCUACAGU